UGAGAUGUGCUUCCUUAAAGCAGAGCCGCUGCUUAACUACUCCUUUGGAACAUGUCAACAUAGGAAGAUCUUUCCUAACUUCCAUCCUCCAAACUUGUUGGGAAACAAAUUUCCCCCUAUUAGAGGAGCUCCCAACAGAGGGCCUGGAUGUUACAUAGCAGAAGAUAAGUAUGGCUUUGCAUACAACCUCUCUAAGAUCCCGACCAGUAAAAAAGGAUACACUCUUGGCGCCAGAACAGCCAUGAGGUUUAAGCCAGUUAGCAAGGAUGUGACACCUUACCCAGGCAUGUACCAGACAAUCAAUGUUCGAGAGCAACACAAGCCAAAUUUUGCUCCAUUUAAUGCCUUGUUGCCUCGCUUUCGGACUUACUCAAAGGACUCUUAUUAUCCUGGCCCUACCACAUACAACCCAGAGAUAAAGCCACCCAAGAGAGUCAGAUGGCCAAUGAAAUUUGGAUCUCCAGACUGGGCUCAGGUUCCAUGUUUACAGAAAAAAACCCUGAGAGCUGAGCUGCCCACAGACAAAGACUUUAGAAAGCAUCGGAACCGUCUGGCCUACCUAAGCCUGUACUAUGGCUGAGAAGCUGUGACUCCCUUCACGUGCUCCUCCUGACCACAAAUUCUCCAGGACAGAACAAUGCGAGCACAGAGGUGCUCUUGCCUUUCUGCAUUGCUCUGACCUUCCUGUCUGCCGGCAUGGGGCACAGGGAGGGGCAAGGGCCUCAUAAAUACUACAUGACUGUGUAAAGACUAGUUUAGAAUGCUCUUUCUCCUUGUGCUGGUUUGUUGUGUAUGCAUGUAGAAGGGUUAGAGGAGUUCCUACUGAGUGUUCAGUGGGGUGGCUUCACUUGACUGAAAUAUUAUACUUGUGGGUCCUCGCCCUCUAAUUCCCAGCCCCAAGUUUUAUGUUUUCUGCCACUAGCCCAGGGCUUCCCUGGUGGCACAUCAGUGAAGAAUCUGCUUGUGAUGCAGGCGUUAUGGGCUCA